AUGGAGAAGAAGUUAGGGAAGGAGAAGAAGUUAGGGAAAGAGAGGAAGUUAAAGAAGGAGAAGAAGUUAAGGAUGGAGAAGAAGUUUGGGAUGGAGAAGAAGUUUGGAAUGGAGAAGAAAUCAAGGAGGAAGAAGAAGCUAAGGAAGGAGAAGAAGUUAUUGAUGGAGUUUAAGUAUGGAGAAGAAGUUAGGGAAGGAGAAGAAGUUAAGGAUGGGGAAGUAGUUUGGGAUGGGGAAGAAGUGAUGGAAGGAGAAGAAGUUAGGGAGGAAGAAGAAGAAGAAGUUUUGGAUGGAGAAGAAGUCAAGGAUAAAGAAGAAAUUAUGGAUGGGGAAGAAGUUAAGGAGGGAGAGAUGAUUAUCAUGGAUGCAGAAGAAGUUAGGGAAGGAGAAGAAGUUAGGGAAAGAGAGGAAGUUAAAGAAGCAGAAGAAGUUAAGGAUGGAGAAGAAGUUUGGGAUGGAUAUGAAGUUAAGGAAGGAGAAGAAGAAGUUAAGGAUGGAGAAGAAGUUAGGGAAGGACAAGAAGUUAAGGAUGGGGAAAUAGUUUGGGAUGGAGAAGAAGUGAAGGAAGGAGAAGAAGUUAGGGAGGAAGAAGAAGAAGAAGUUUUGGAUGGAGAAGAAGUCAAGGAUAAAGAAGAAAUUAUGAAUGGGGAAGAAGUUAAGGAGGGAGAGAUGAUUAUCAUGGAUGGAGAAGAAGUCAAGGAAGGAGAAGAAGUCAUAGACGGAGAAGAUGUUAUGGAAGGAGAAGAUGGUUUGGAUGGAGAAGAAGUUAGGGAAGGAGAAGAAGUUAGGGAAAGAGAGGAAGCUAAAGAAGGAGAAGAAGUUUGGGAUGGAGAAGAAGUUUGGAAUGGAGAAGAAAUCAAGGAGGAAGAAGAAGCUAAGGAAGGAGAAGAAGUUAUGGAUGGAGUGGAAGGACAAGAAGUUAAGGAUGGGGAAAUAGUUUGGGAUGGGGAAGAAGUGAAGGAAGGAGAAGAAGUUAGGGAGGAAGAAGAAGAAGAAGUUUUGGAUGGAGAAGAAGUCAAGGAUAAAGAAAAAAUUAUGGAUGGGGAAGAAGUUAAGGAGGGAGAGAUGAUUAUCAUGGAUGGAGAAGAAGUCAAGGAAGAAGAAGAAGUCAUGGACGGAGAAGAUGUUAUGGAAGGAGAAGAUGGUUUGGAUGGAGAAGAAGUUAGGGAAGGAGAAGACGUUAGGGAAAGAGAGGAAGUUAAAGAAGGAGAAGAAGUUAAGGAUGGAGAAGAAGUUUGGGAUGGAGAAGAAGUUUGGAAUGGAGAAGAAAUCAAGGAGGAAGAAGAAGCUAAGGAAGGAGAAGAAGUUAUGGAUGGAGUGGAAGGAGAAGAAGUUAAGGAUGGGGAAAUAGUUUGGGAUGAGGAAGAAGUGAAGGAAGGAGAAGAAGUUAGGGAGGAAGAAGAAGAAGAAGAUGUUUUGGAUGGAGAAGAAGUCAAGGAUAAAGAAGAAAUUAUGGAUGGGGAAGAAGUUAAGGAGGGAGAGAUGAUUAUUGUAGACCCCAAAUCUUGCCCGGCCUCCAAAUAA